GGUCGCGCCGAAUGGGGCGGCUGUAAGCUUCGGGGCUGAGACGCCUGCCCCGGCCCGGCAGCGGCAGGUCAUGGCCGCCUACUGCGACGGCUCGGGGUUCUGCUCGGCCCCGCACAGCCCGGCCCCGGCCGCCGCGCACCCAGCCGGCCACAGUCGCGGCGAUUCGGGCGCGGCCGGCGGCGGCCCGCGCCUGUGGCUGAACGCGCUGGCUCUCAGCCCCACGACCUACGCGUCCGGCCCCGGGCCCGCGCCGCCCUACGGGGCCCCGGGCUACCCGGCCCCCGGGCCGCUCCUGGGCUCCCGGGGAGGCCUGGCGGGCGCCGACCUCGCGUGGCUGAGCCUCCCGGGCCAGCAGGAGCUGCUGAGGCUGGUGCGGCCGCCCUACUCGUACUCGGCGCUCAUCGCCAUGGCCAUCCAGAGCGCGCCGCUGCGGAGGCUGACGCUCAGCCAGAUCUACCAGUACGUGGCUGGCAACUUCCCCUUCUACAAGCGCAGCAAGGCGGGCUGGCAGAACUCCAUCCGCCACAACCUGUCGCUCAACGACUGCUUCAAGAAGGUGCCCCGCGAGGAGGACGACCCAGGUAAAGGGAAUUACUGGACCCUGGACCCGAACUGCGAGAAGAUGUUCGAUAAUGGGAACUUCCGAAGGAAGAGAAGGAGGAGAGGGGAGGCGAGGGCGGCCGCCCCCUGCGGAGCCCUGAGCCCUGGCGCAGCCAAGGUGCCGGAGCUGGAGGCCCUGGGCGCGGCUUCCCCCGGCCUGCAGGCCUCGCCGACCCCGCCCGCGCCCGAGGCUGCCGCCUGUUUCUCCAGCUUUGCCUCGAGCAUGGGCGCCCUGGCCGCCGGCGUUGGCGCCUUCCCCGGGGGUCUGGCGGGAGACUUUUCUUUUGGGAGACCGACGACAGUGGCUGCCCACGGCCCCCAGGCCCCUGGCCCCGCGCCAGGCUUCACCUCUGGCCAUCAGACGGCGGCCGCCAGCUUCCACAUUGGUCACUUCCUCUACAACAGCGCGGAGGGGACCGAGGUUUGAAGGAGCGCCCGCAGCGUCCGGAGGUGCUGAGCUCAAGCCCCCAGUUCCCGCCUGGGUGACAGCCGCUUAUCCGCACUGCAGUUAGUGAACGCCUCGGAGGGAGCGCAGAGCCCCGAGCAGGCACCGAGAGCCCCUGGGCCUCCCCGACGGCCGGCCUGCCCUGCGUCCCUCACCCACACAACCGUUCGGAUGCUGCAAGUGGGCGCCCCCACCCCACCUGUCCUUCCUUUUGGCUGGACCUGGAACCCUUGUUCUCCAGGGAGAUCUGCCUUAAAGAGGCCAUGGGGCCUUUUUCUGGGGGAGACCGGCCCACCCCAAAGAGCCUUCGCACUAGUGGGAGGGCAGCCUGGGUCCAGCUAGGGCUCAUUUCCUCCGCCAGCCCAGCCUGGCCCUCUGGGCCUCCGGACCUUGCCUCGAUGCUCAGGGGAGGCCCGCAGGGGUUUGGGGCCUGCCCCAGGGGGCCGGGUGACUCCACCUGGGAGUGUGCCGUGUGUGUGUCUGGGAUUGUUGGGACUGGUGGUGUCUAAAUGCGACUUUCUAAUGGCUGGAGCUGGCAUGGUGAGGAGGAGGGUCCUGCGAGGCAGGAGCCUCCCCUGGGAAUGCCCACUCGUCUCUCUUUCAAGCAACUCCAGACCUCACUGACCUUGCUUGUCCUAGCAGCAACGGGGCGCCUCUAGGGGCCACCAGAGCGGUGCCUGGUGCAGCAGGCGCAGGAUGGGUUCAGGCCUGCCCCGCUCCACCCGCACUCACCAGGCUCACAUGAGGCAGCUGAGGGUAGGCCGCCGUUGUCUUCCCUCCCCUCCUGCCCCUCAUCUCCCAGUCUGGGCCAGAGCUGCAGGGCCAAGCCUCCACCGCCUGUGUGAAUUUUGCAUUUGCCCAGAAGAUUAUGUUUGGAGCUUACGGCCACUGGGAGGAGCGAUUUGGGCCUCAGGGUCAUUUCAGCGCCCAGAGAGGGGCUGGAGGGGCCCCUCCCUGGCAGGAGAGGAGGGAGGGGACAGCGUUCCCUAGGAGCAGGCUCGGGUUGGGCAAGCCCCAACGCUCCGGAUCCCCCACCUCCACCGGGCGCAGGGUUUCUGCUUCCUUCCAAG